GAGGGAGACCAGGGAGAGUCGUACAUUUAAAGACUACGGCCCCAGUAACUAGCAUUAUUAGUCUCGAAUGUCCGGGAACAACUUUUGGCUCUUGGUGCCCUACUUGUAAGGUUAUUUUGUUUGCCUGGUUUCUUGGCAUAUAUAUCAGUCACGUGCUACGCUAGCACUUCUAGAACAUCUUUGUGCGAAAAUUAUAACCAUCUCGAUAUACGGCGAAGAAGUCAGAUCAGGGUAAAUCAGUGAACUUGACAAUCAGUUUACUACAGCACGACUGUUCAAACCAUAAUCAUGUCUCUCACUAAGCCCACGCAUACAAUAAUAUUGGACGCUGGUCCUAUAAUCAAGAAUGAGCCCUCGGUGUCCACACUUCUCGCUUCGUCAGAGGCUCUGGUCACAAGUCCCACAGUCAUUGCAGAAAUUCGGGACGCGACCACCCGAGCUCGAGUCGAAACUUUAUUGAAGCCAUUCUUGACCCUGCGGCAACCAAAGCCGAGCAGUCUGCAGUUCGUGGCACAAUUUGCACGAAAAACUGGUGAUUAUGCUGUGUUGAGCAAGACCGAUCUGGAGCUCAUAGCUCUCGCUUACGACAUAGAGUGUGAACGCAAUGACGGCGACUGGAGACUCCGAAAUACUCCAGGGCAGAAACAGCUCAAUGGCUCGCCGCCUCGGCAGAAAAUGACCAGUGAUUUGAGCUCCAACGAAGUGAAAGCAGUGGGCACAGAGAACGCAUAUCCAGUGGCGGACUCUCAGUCUGACGAGCAAGUGGGAGAAGACGAUACCACAAAUGCCAAUGCGGAGGCGAAUAGUGGAAAUUCUGACGCAACUGAUGCACUCGCACAGAAUACUGCUGAUUUAGCGAUCUCAAGUCUCACGACAAAUCCAGUAGCUGAAGUUCCAGAGUCCAUGGUUGCGGACACGUCGAAUGACCCAACAGGCCAGGUUGAAGAAAAUACGCCAACCACAGAAGAGUCAGAAGAUCAAGCAAGCGAAGACUCUGGCUCCGAAGGUUGGAUCACGCCCGCAAACUUCAAAAAGCACCAGGCCAAGGAAGCAAACGCCGGAGCAUCGGAAGAGACCCCUCAAAAAACGCUCCAAGCCGCAAUAAUAACCACAGAUUUCCCAAUGCAAAAUGUCAUACUUCAAAUGAAUCUCAACCUCCUCUCAGGCUCUCUUCAGCGUGUCCGCAACAUUCGCAGCUUCGUACUUCGUUGCCACGCAUGCUUUGGCACCACGAAAGACAUGACGAAGCAAUUUUGCCCCAGAUGUGGCAAGCCAACUCUCACAAAGGUCACGUGUACAACCAACUCGAAAGGCGAAUACCAGCUUCACCUCAAAAAGAACUUCCAGUGGAACAAGCGAGGAGACCGGUAUAGCAUACCCAAAGCUGUGCAUGGUGCCGCGCAUGGACGAGUUAAAGGUGGUGGAAAGGGUUCGUGGGGCAAUGAACUACUCCUGGCAGAAGAUCAGAAGGAAUACUCGCGCGCAGUGACGCUGGAGAAACGGCAGAAGCAGCGCGAUCUCAUGGACGAUGAUCUGCUGCCUUCAAUUCUUACUGGGCAAAGGAAUAACCCUACUGGGCGCCCGAGAGUUGGGGCUGGCAGGAACGUGAAUUCUAAAAAAAGGAAUUAGGUACUCAAUCGCUGGAGAUGAACAAAAGAACGCCCCGUAUUUGAAGGGCAAAGCAAUUCUAUACAAUAAUCGAUACAACUGUGCGAACGAGGUGCUAUACACGAUGAGAACCUGUCUAAGCAUUGCAGGAAACUCAUACGUAUGGUUAAGGAGUCUCAGAUCGCCUGUGCCGUACCAGAAC